AUGCCUGUGUCUCUUGGUGAAUGGCGUGUCAGGAUUGGCACGUUCAUGCACCGUCGGAGGAAAGAAUAUGACUACCACUACUUUUGGAGGAAACUCCACAACUUAAUUAAAAAACACAAGAAUGCUGAGCCACCUAAAGAAAACAACAAUCCUGAGUGUAACAUCUCAUCUCGCACUGGCUCUUCUCCCGGUGCGAAUAGAUCUCCAAGCAACACCGCCCGUCAGUCUGCAUUUUCUGCUCAAACAGGGCAUUCACGUGACGUCAACAAUGGCAAAGGUAACGCAAGCUCACCGACUCUCUCACAUUCUGACGUUCCAGAGUGUGAUACUGUCAAGGAGAGUGGAUCCACAUGCGAUGAAAAACUGACAAAACCUGAAGUUGGCACAUCAGAGUCGCACUCACAUGUACCUGCAUGCGUUCAUGGUGAGACAGAUCGUAUCAAUCGAGACAAGGAGGAAACUGACUCUGCGCCGUCUGGGAUAGAGGACCAAUCAUCGGACCUAUCACCUAAACACAGGCUAAAUACAACGAGAAAUACCGACCAAAAAACAUCAUCUAUCAGGAUAGUAACGGAGUAUCAUGGAUCCCCGAUCUAUCCGAUCCUCGGAUCAGGGACAAGCAGCGGUGAAGCAGAUGAAACUAAAGGGAAUGACUGUCCAGACAUGACCAACAUACUUCUAAUGAGAUCCGGGGAUGUAGAACAAAACCCUGGCCCGAAUGAUAAACCUGGGAACCUGACCGACCUCGAACUAUAUCUCCUUGCUGACAGUAUGGAUCCAUUAGAUUUCAGGAAGGUCGGACUAGCUUUGGGAUUUACUGAGGCUGAACUAAGACGGUUUGAGAAAGAUCAGAUGGGCAACACUCUGUAUGCUACCUAUAAGAUGCUUUACGAAUGGCGGAAGAGAGUACGUGAAAGCGAGGCGAGGGAGACGUUGGUGGUCACGUUACAACGCAUUAAGCUGGUGCAGCUUGCUGAUAGCGUACAGAAAGGUCAGGUUGGUGAUCACAUACCGUCCAUGACAGAGGAGGAAAUCCAACAGGUUGCUGAAGAGGUCAAACACUAUUUGUUAAUUCAUCUAUGUCAGAUUCAAGCCGAUCCACUGAACAGCGAACUUGUACUUGAAUUUAAACGUAUCUUCACCAAUCUAACGUUGAUGGAAGAAGACAAAGGUACAAAACGCAAAACACCGCUUCUCUACGACAACCUCCUUAGGACCAAAGUCAACGGAAGCUUUCCCAAACGCUUGCUGGUAGAAGGUGAAGGUGGUGUAGGAAAGACCACUUUUUGCGCCAAGAUCGCUUGGGAUUGGAUCCACGGAAAAGGCUACCAAGAUUUCAAACUGGUUCUUGUCAUCCUCCUUCGCAAGACAGAGGGCAAGACUGUUGGAGAGAUAGUGAAGUCGUAUCUUUCUGACAACAAUCCCGUCACAGCCAAACAGCUAGACAAGCACAUCCUCUCAAAUCCGGAUGACGUCUUUCUUGUCCUGGACGGCCUAGAUGAGUUAGCUGUCGAUCUUGACAGCAAUCAGCAAAUCGCCCUGAUCACUCUCAAUCGUCUGUUCAAGUCAGGUACAGUACUAAUCACAUCGAGACAAUGGAGAUCAGAUGAGAUUAGGAAGAAUGCCGAUCUCAGAAAGGUGUUUGCUUUCAUUGCUGUAGAAGGGUAUUCUGCUGAAAACCUCUCUUCUUACAUCACCAAGUUCUUUCAUCCAGACACAGCUUCCUCUGAAGAUCUGAACCGAUUCAUAUCAAACAACGAUGUGAUCAGAGAGAACAUGGCUCCCUACCCCAUAUACACAGCCAUGCUGUGUAUCAUGUGGAAAGAGUUUGAUGGAGAGCGCCGAGAGGCAAUGUCCAAGCUGCAAACAUUUUCCCAGCUCUUCAAUCAGAUGAUUGAAUUUUUGGUUGAUCAUCACCUAUCAAAGCACAUUCCAUCUUCAGGUAUUGUUGAAGGCAAAUUAGGGGAACAUUGUUUAGAUAUUCGUCCACACAUGAUUCACAUUGGCCGCAUUGCCUUCCAGGGACUUCUCGAGAGACGGUUAGUAUUCACAGAAGAAGAGUUUCAGAGCUAUCCAGAGUCCAUCGAUGUAGGUUGUAAAGUUGGUGUACUCACCAGAGAGAAGAAAAUUCUUCCGAGGCGAGCCAGAAGAAAUAAUCCGAAAUCAGUAGUCCAAUCGGUGCAGUUUCCCCAUAAGCUCUUCCAGGAGUAUCUAUCAGGAAUGUAUCUUGCAUCCCUUUACAAGUCAAACCGUAAUGAGUAUGACAGGUUGAUAGCGAAUAUCAUAACAAAAGCAGGGGAAUACCGGUACCUACUGUACUUCACUUCGGCUCAGCAGAAUGAGGUCGGCUUGGAUAUCGUAUCUCGUCUCAUAGAGUCAAAAAACAGAGCGCACACAGGGCCGUAUUGCUGAUGACUUCAUCGUAGAUGUAGCAUACGAGAGCCAAUACCAAGAAGUGGCCAAAGCCGUGGCGGAUCAUCUAUCGACGUCCAGAAAGACACUGAAGAUCACCACAAGGAUGCAGGCACACACAGUAUCAGGGCAUACUUUCAUCAUGAACCAUCGUGAGGUGGAUGACCUGGAAAUUAAGAAGCCAUGUGGACGCACGGCUUCAGAGGACCUGGCUGAAUUCAUCUGCUCAUCACGAUCACUGAGAUCUGUGAGGAUCGAUUAUACUAUACAUGAUGUCUUCUACUCGGUGCUUGCGAAUAAAGCAGUCGAUUCCAAGAUUGAGACUCUUCACAUCUACUCUGAUGAUAUCAAAGAACGUCCCUCUGCAUCACGUGAUUUCGCUCAGUUCAUCUGUAAGAUGACUCAUCUGAAGAAGCUGACACACAACGGUCAGUUUCACGAUGACUUCUACUCAACAUCGUCAUCGAUGGCAUCAUCU